AUGGGCUGUGCCAGUUCUGCGAUGAAUAGUGCUCAUAGGUCGUGUAUAAAGCUGCUGGAAAAUGGCAUGGACGCGAACCGAACCCAGACCAUUCGGAUCACCAUCGACAAUAUUAGCACGGUGAGCAAUGAUAUUUCUGAAGACGAAAGUCGCAUUGUCAGAAGGACUUGGUCUGUUCUUGCGAAUGACAUGCGAGGGAAUGGGAUGCAGGUUUUCUUGCGUAUCUUUGAAAUCCAUCCGGAAAUAAAGCAACUGUUUAAAGUGGAGAAUGUUCGUCACUCGGAACUCGCGCGUAACGUUGUGAUUAAGGGACACGCUGCCCGCUUCAUGAGCGCCAUUGAGACCGCUGUGGACAAUCUUGAUGACCUUGACAAAAACCUCGCGCAGCUGCUAUUUACUCUGGGACAACAGCACAAACAUUACGUGGGUUUCAAGGUCGAAUACUUCGAAGUGUUCUAUGAAGCCCUUAUGUGGCAUUGGGCGCGCACUCUUGACGCCAGCUUCACAGAACAAGUGUCGGACAGCUGGAGUCACGUGUUUGUAUACUUAAUGGCGAAACUCCAAGCUGGGUACAACUCUCCCGGACCUUUCGGCGAUGAGAAGGCGGCUAAGAAUGUACAUUUCCGCAAACAUUCAGGGUCUCUCAAUGGAAUCUCAAGUGACUCGCGAUAUUCCUCACAGUCUCAGGGACUUUCAGUUUAUACCAUGAGAUGA